AUGGGAUUCCUGUUUGGAGGAGCACACGAUCCACGAGCUGUUCAUCUGACACGCUACUUCUACGAUAGACAACGUGGCGUCUGCACUCCCUUCUCCUACACAGGAUGUGGUGCCAGGGACAACCACUUUGACACUAUCGAGCAAUGCAAGCGUGUUUGUGAGAAACGCCUCCUUAACUCGGGUAAGCAAAUACCGGCCCUCUUUAUUCUAGCUGAACUAGGACAUUACUAA